AUGCGAGUAGAACCACGUACUGAUGAACAAGUUCAGGUCCGGCCUCCAGUUGAGCCUUCUGAUGAACAAGUUCAGAUCCGGCCUCCAGAACCACGUACUGAUGAACAAGUUCAGCAUCAAACAAUUGAAUCAGUGCAAUUAAAUGCAGUAGUCCAUCAAGUUUUAACAUGUUUUUUUAAACCACCGCCUGCUAAUGCUACAUUAGAAGCAUGA